CAAAUUUUUCGUUUCAGUUUUGGACGCGGAGUGGUUUUAAUUAAUUAAUUUUAAUAUUGAUGUAGUUUAAAAACUGAGCUUAUAAAGCCCUAUUGGUUAACAUUAGUCCUAAAGUGGCGUUAUCAUAAAGAAGCUGUGUGGUUUCAACUCACCGGCAUGAUUCUACUCAGAAAUGUCAGAGAUAAAGUAUAAAAAAGAAAUUUUGUCAGCGAUAGACCAUUUGCGUUCAAGAAAAUCGAGACCAGACAUCAACCGAAUUUGCAAGUUUAUGUUAAAGUGCUACAAAGUUGCCCCGAAAUACACUAAAGCAGAUCUUAAACGUUGCCUCAAGGAGAAGAGUAUUUACAAAGUUGAUUAUAAAGAUAAUGAGAGCUACAGAAACGCUGCAAAGUGGCGAAGGAAAUCAAGCCAAAAUAACAAAAUGUCAUCAGCAAUAGCAACAAGUGAACGACGAAUAAUUACCUCGGCAAUAGCCACUCUAAUCUAUCAAGACCAGAGCUACCUCGAGAACGGGAUUGCAUUUGAUGAACUUGUACGGGAGGCUGCUUCCCAAGAAUCGAAAUACUCCAAGAAACAAUUGGAGACCAUUGUAAAUAAAGAGUUGUCUUCGGGUAGUCUUGUGAAGCUACCAAAUGGAAACUUGGCAUUGGGCCCUGCCGAUCAUGAUGGUGACAGUUCAGACAGCUUUAAGUUUGACUACAAUGUUGAGUCAAAUACUAAGAUGACUUCCUCGGCAAAUUCUUCAUGUCGAUCAUCACCCCAACGAAUGCGGGGACGGCCAAAAAAACGUGGCGGCGGCUCCUCCAGCACUGGGCAAAGUAAUAGCAUGACAAGAAACGCCGGCGUCCGCGUAGGCGAAAGACGAAAAAUGGCCAAAAAAGUCUUCGACCCAUCAGACAACAAUGUUCCCAGCAAACGCAAAAGAGGAAGACCUGUGGGGUCCCUUAACAAGAGUACCAUUAAAAAACGCCUUCUAAUUACGGGGCAGGGAAGCAAGGACAAGGAAGGCACACCCCUCUCCGAAAGCCAAAUGUCUUUAGACGGUAGUGGCGAUGAACUGGACCAAGAUGAACCAACACCCCAUGAGACUUCUGGUGGGGUUUGUUCUGUAUGCCAUAUUCAAAAAUCUCGCGGAUCCAAUGACAGGCUUAUUGAGUGCCGAGACUGCAAUAAUAAGGCACACUUAAAUUGCCUACAUUCAGGAUCAGGCAUAUUGAAACCUAGGCCAGAUAAUACAUGGCAAUGUCCACAUUGCAAGACCUGUGUAGUUUGCUGUGAGACUAAUGAUGCUGGAAUAUUAACGGUAUGCAGCAUAUGUUCAGAUGCGUAUCACGCGCUUUGCCACACGCCACGAAUCCCAGAGCGUCAGAAAGCAUGGGACCAAUGGGAAUGUAACAACUGCCUGGAAUCUCGACCCACGGUUGUCGGCUCCCCGGCCAUCAUUCCCAGCAGCCUAGAGUUCAGUAUUCAAGGAUCGCCUCCCGUCGAACCGUUCCUGAAGCCCCAUGAGUUGGACAGAUCUGAAUCUAAACUUGCAGAGGAGGUGCCUAUUGAUCCCAGGAUACCUGAUAUAACUAAUUGGACAACGGAUGAUGUUUAUGACUAUUUUAUGGAGAAUUUCGCAGAAGCUGCUCCGUUGCUAAAGGAACAGGAAUUCGAUGGGCAUGCAUUGAGCAUGGCACGGCGAGCCGACAUCGUGAGAGGCCUGGGACUGCCUCUCGGUCCAGCACUCAACUUGUACCGCAUUGUAGUCAAGCUGCAAACUAGGAAGGACGACUGGACAAUGUGUUGGGGUUAAGUCACUUGAUAAUAAUCGUUUGUC